UCGGCAGACAUCUGCAGUAUUGAUUUAUCUCUUUUCUACCAGUGAGUGCGUCUCGAAAUCUUGGUAGGAUUGCACGCUAAUCUUAAACAUGAUGAUACGCAACUGUUUUCUUCGUAUUUUCAAUUCAUUCUUUAUUUCCUCUUCAUAUUUCAUUUUCACAUUUUCUCUGCAUAUUUUCUCAUCAUUCUGCAUUCGGACAAUCAAUACUUCUAAAGCGAUGGAUGACCAUAUUGAGAGCUCACCAGUGCCUUCACCCACACCGUUGGACUACACACCAGGGUCCCUCGUAUGGGCCAAACUGUUUGGACAUCCAUACUGGCCGGCGAUAAUUGAGGCAGAUCCAGACCUCGGAGAAUUCCACCAACAAAAGGGGUCUAACCAGGAUAUCCGUCCGAUGGGGUGGAGGCAGAGAUUGAAAGGAUGAGCCAACACCACACAAGUGAAUACAUUUAAAAUUCUAUCAUUUUGUAUAAAACAACAUUAAUGUCUCCUUAAAUAGCUCUUUAUGUACUGUGUUCAUUCUCUUACUUCGUAUUUUCUUGAUUCAUGAUUAUAGAUAUAAAUAACGCUAUUUUAUUUUCAAUUGAUUACAUUUAAGUGGAUGUAAAACUAGCAAAAACCGAUAAUACGUUAAUUACUGAUAAUGUGACUUUGGGAAAUGCAGUUUAGGACAGAACCAUACAUAUGUUCAGGAUCAGCUAUUGAAGAGAUUCAAAACCCAUACCUCGCUCAUCUGAUUACAAGAUUAGCAUAUUUUACUAAGGAUUAUGAAUCAUCUGAAGCAACCAACAUGUUUUUCUGUAAAG